AUGGACCCGCUGCUGGCGCUGCGGGACUUCGCGGUGCGCGGGGAGGUGGAGAAGAUCGUCCGCGUCGGAGAUGAGUUUCGGUUUGGGGCGGACUACGCCUUCCCUUGCUCGGCGGAGACGGCCUACAGAUCGAAGCAGGGCAACCUCUACACGCUGGAGACACUGGUCUACUACCUGAAGCACCACCAGCUCAAGCAUACGGAGUACCUCCAGUCCGCGAGGCUCCACCGCGUCCCCACUGUCACCCUCCCCGACAGGAAGCCGCUCCUGGAUUACCUCCUCGGACGCGUCGCCUCAUCCGAUGCGAUCGAGUUCCUCCACUCCACCUCCGCCGCCGACGGCCACAGCACAUCCGCCGCAGGCGUACAGCAGGACGCCACCGACGAGUACCGCCCAGAGGACUCCGCCGCCUUCCCGGCUCCCCGCCAUGAACCAGCCAUCGCCGCAGGUCAAGAGACGGAGACGGAUGGGAAGGACGAGGCUAGGGUUCCAGAUUCAGGCGAGGAAGGGACGGGGACGGUGAUGGACUACGUGAGCAUGAUUAGGUCGCUGGAGAGGCCGCUCAAGGACAGGGAAGCUCUGUUGGAGUGUAGGAACAGGGACUUCUACAGCAUCCUGCUGGCGUCGACGAAGCGCGAGGAAGAGCGGCAGCGGAUCGAGUCGCAGCAGCGCAAAGACGGCCUGGUGGCGAAGACGAGGCUGAUCGGAGCCGAUGACCAUCACAGGGCGGCGGUGAUGGGCUUCAUCGGCGCCGGCGGCGGGGAUGCCGAUCAUCACCACCACGACACAGCUUCCAGACCUAAGAUGCACCUCAAGGGGAGCAAGAUCGGAGAGGGAGUCCCGAUCAUACUAGUUCCGAGCGCAUUCCAGACGCUGAUCACCAUCUACAACGUCAAGGAGUUCCUGGAAGACGGGGUGUUCGUGCCGACGGACGUGAAGGUGAGAGGAGGCAUGGCGAAGCCAGAGUGCGUGACGGUGCAGAAGAAGCUGAGCAGGGACAGGGUGGUGGCGGCGUACGAGGUGAGGGACAAGCCGUCGGCGCUCAAGGCGGAGGACUGGGACAGGGUCGUCUGCGUCUUCGUGCUCGGCAAGGAGUGGCAGUUCAAGGACUGGCCGUUCAAGGAUCACGUCGAGAUCUUCAACAAGAGUGAGUUUGAUCCCAUCCCCUUCCUCUCCAAGUUUCUCAUUCCCGUUUAUGCUGGUUUCAUCAAUCCGAUGAUCCGUUCUACGUUAAUAUCUUCAAGAAAAGUGUGCUUGAUCCGAUCUCCUUCCUCUCCAAGUUUCUCAUUCCCGUUUAUGUUGGUUCCAUCGUCCGAUGGUCCGUUCUACGUUGGGAUCUUCAACAAAAGUGUGUUUGAUCCGAUCCCCUUCCUCUCCAACUUUCUCAUUCCCGUUUAUGCUGGUUUCAUCGAUCCGAUGAUCCGUUCUAAGUUGAGAUCUCCAACAAGAGUGUGACCCGAUCUCCUUCCUCUCCAUGCUUCUCAUUCCCGUUUAUGCUGGUUUCAUCAAUCCGAUGAUCCGUUCCAUCUCUCAUCACGAGGCGUGAUUGUAUUCAGAUCGCUUCCUCCAUUUCAUUGAUUACAAUGAACAUCAUCGUUCUUAUCCCAUCUAUCUCUCAUCACGAGGCGUGAUUGUAUCCCUCCAUUGAAGAUCCACUUACCGGAGGAACUAGUUUUAUGCCCAUGAUCUGCUCAUUGCUCAUUCUAGAACCUCAAAUCUUACCCUCCCUCUUCCCAAAAUUUAGUAAAGCAUGGACAGAUCUGCGAGUAAUUGUGCUCGGCUGCAUUCAUUCCGCAUCUGUUCUUCAUCUUAGUGUGAUCCGGGGUGGCAGCGGUGCCACCGAGAACCAUUAGAGGGUCUCCUGUGGUCAUCAGAGCUCGCUCAUUGACCAGUUGUUCUUAGCCGAGUUCCUCAGAGGAGGCAGCUCCUUGAUUAGUUGACUCUCGAUGACCCAUCAAUGGCAUGAUCUUGCUAUACCAUUAGGGGAGACUCCUGUGAUCGUCAUAGCUCGCUCAAAGACCAGUCAUUCAGAACCCAGUUCAUCGGAGGGGGCAGCUCAUUGAAUGGUUGACUUUCGAUGGCCAAUGACUGGCAUGCUCCUCUACAUCAUUAUAAGGUCUCCAGUGAUCAUCAUAGUUCACUCAUUGACAGUUUCUAAGAGAAGUUCCUUGAGGAGACAGCUCCUUAGAGGGUUGACUCUCGAUGGCCCAUUAAUGGCAUGAUCUUGCCAUACCAGUUUAGGGGGUCUCCCGUGAUCAUAAUAACUCGCUGAUUGACCAGUUGUUCAGAGCCUCUGUGAUCCUCAGAGGAGGCAGCUCCUCGGAGGGUUGACUCUUGAUGGCCCAUUAAUGACGUGAACUUACCAUGCCAGUUUAGAGGGUCUCCUGUGAUCAUCAUAACUCGCUGAUUGACCAGUUGUUCAGAGCCUCUGUGAUCCUCAGAGGAGGCAGCUUCUCGGAGAGUUGACUCUCGAUGGCCCAUCAAUGGCAUGAUCUCACUGAAGGUUUUUGCAUUUGCAGUCGUAGGGUUUUAUGUGCGCUUUGAAGAUGACAGCGUGGAGUCUGCGAAGGUGGUCAAACAGUGGAACGUGAAGAUUAUCUCCGUUAGUCAACCCCUCCUUGAUCCUUGCCUUCCGCCAUCUUCAGCUGCUAUUUCCCUUUAAUCUUACCUUAAAUGGCGUAUUUCUGUUAGAUAAGCAAGAAUAAGCGGCACCAGGACCGGGCGGCGGCGCUGGAGGUGUGGGACCGGCUGGAAGCCUUCAUGCGGUCGCGCUCCCAUACGUGA